UUUCGACGAGUCGAGUAGAGUCCGACGUGGUGAGCGGUCGUGUGGUUUUUCGAGCUCGCGACUAUCACAUAUUUUUGUGACAAAAAAUCUUAUAAAAAAACAAAAAAAAAAUAAAAAUAAUUAAAAAACCAACAAAAAAAUUGCAAAAGUAGCAAAAAUCGAGCGAGUGUAAAAAAACUUCUUUUAAGUUUUUCCUUUGCGUACAUUUUUCUCUUAAAUAUAUCAUAUAUCGAAGAGAACGACUAGAAGAAAAUCGAGUUCUCUCCAGUAGUCAUGAAUUCUGGCGGACCAAAUUAUCAAAUGGCGUCCCUUUACGUUGGUGAUUUACAUCAAGAUAUAAAUGAAGCCGGGCUUUUCGAGAAGUUUUCUACCGCAGGUCCGGUGCUAUCCAUUCGAGUUUGCCGGGAUGUAAUUACACGCCGUUCUUUGGGCUACGCUUAUGUAAAUUUCCAGCAGCCAGCCGAUGCCGAACGUGCGUUGGAUACAAUGAAUUUUGAUUUGAUACGCAAUAAACCAAUUCGUAUCAUGUGGUCGCAGCGUGAUCCUUCUUUACGUCGUUCAGGUAUCGGCAACGUAUUCAUCAAGAAUUUGGACAAGAGUAUUGAUAAUAAGGCUAUAUAUGAUACCUUCUCUGCUUUCGGUAACAUACUCAGUUGUAAGGUUGCCACUGAUGAGAAAGGCAAUUCAAAGGGCUAUGGUUUCGUACAUUUUGAAACCGAAGAGGCAGCCAAUACCUCGAUUGAAAAGGUGAAUGGCAUGUUAUUGAAUGCUAAGAAAGUCUACGUUGGCAAAUUCAUCCCACGUAAGGAACGCGAGAAGGAGUUGGGUGAGAAAGCCAAAUUGUUCACAAAUGUGUAUGUAAAGAACUUUGGCGAAGAUUUCGACGACGACAAAUUGAAGGAACUCUUUGAACCAUUCGGAAAGAUUACCAGCUACAAGGUCAUGCUCAAAGAAGACGGCAAAAGCAAGGGCUUUGGAUUUGUCGCUUACGAGACCACCGAGGCAGCUGAAGCAGCUGUCGAUGCACUGAACGGCAAAGACAUGGGCGAUGGUAAAGUUUUAUAUGUUGCACGUGCUCAGAAAAAGGCUGAACGCCAGCAGGAACUUAAACGCAAGUUUGAAGAACUGAAGAAGAAACGUCAAGAAUCUGUCUAUGGCGUCAAUUUAUAUGUUAAAAACUUGGACGACAGCAUUGACGAUGAACGUCUGCGCAAGGAGUUCUCAAUGUUCGGCACCAUUACAUCUGCAAAGGUCAUGACAGAUGAAGAGGGCCGUUCAAAGGGAUUCGGCUUCGUUUGCUUUAUUUCGCCAAAUGAAGCAACCUGCGCCGUAACUGAACUAAAUGGACGGGUAGUUGGAUCGAAGCCACUGUAUGUUGCCUUAGCUCAACGCAAGGAGGACAGAAAAGCACAUCUGGCAUCGCAAUACAUGCGUCACAUGUCUGGCAUGCGCAUGCAACAACUGGGACAGAUCUUCCAACCCAAUGCUGCAGGAGGAUUCUUCGUACCUACCAUGGCGCCAGGACAGCGCUUCUUUGGUCCACAAGUCACCCAACCCAUUCGGAACACACCGAGGUGGGCACCACAGGUGCGCCCUGCCGCUGGUGUACAAGGCGUUGCACAAGCCGGAGCUGCAGCAGCCGCUGCUGGUGGCUUCCAAAACGCCGCCGCCAUGGCUGCCACCGGCACUGCUCAGUUCCGCCCGGCAGCAGCAGCAGCACGAGGCCAGCCUCAAGCAGUCCAGGGCGCACAUGCAGCAGCUGCCGCUGCCAACACAAUGCGCAAUACCGGCGCUCGCGCUAUCACUGGCCAACAAGCCGUUGCCGCGGGCAAUAUCCAAAUGGCUGGAGCUCCAAUUGCCGCGGGCGGAGCUCAACAACGCGCUGCCAACUACAAGUAUACAGCUAACAUGCGUAAUCCACCUCCACAGCCCGUUCAGCAACAGCCUCAAGUGCAGCCACUGCACCAAAAGGGUCAAGAAAAGUUGAUUGCUUCUUUGCUAGCCAAUGCCAAGCCACAGGAACAAAAGCAAAUUUUGGGAGAACGUUUGUAUCCAAUGAUCGAGCGCAUGCAUCCUUUGAUGGCCGGCAAGAUCACCGGUAUGUUACUGGAGAUUGAAAACUCUGAGCUGUUGCACAUGCUGGAAGAUCAAGAUGCUUUGAAAGCCAAAGUUGAGGAGGCCGUUGCUGUGCUACAAGUCCAUCGCGUCACUGAGCCAACUAACUAAGUGCGCAAGUGAAGAAAAACUUCUAAGAAAAUUCAUACAAUUUCAAACGAACGAGAAAAAGUUCAAUAACUUUAAAAAUUGACUAUUGCUAAAACACAACAUCAAAUAUUAGUUACACACUUUUAGCUCAAAACAAAAUUGAACAAAAAGUAAAAAAUAAUGCCACUCAUUCGAUUCCGAUUUCGUGUGAAAGUGGGGUGCAGAUUUUUUAUUCAUGGAUAAUGAGAACCAUUCCAAGAUCGUAACACCUUUGUAACAUUUGUUAAAAAUCGAUUAGCCAACCUUCAACUUUUAUAAUUUUUCCACAUAAUUAAUUCUUACACUUUUUCGCUCCUAAUUUCAGUUUAAUAUCUUUUCAAUUCAACCAAUCAAAAUGCAGAUAUUUUUACAUUCAAUAUUUAACAUUCGGCGAGAUUCUCGAGUUAUUUUAAAGGCUCCGAGCGCAUCAUUUCUGAAUAUAACCCUGAAAAUAUAAGAAAAUCCACUAGAAAUUCGGUCGAAGCCAAAAGGGGAACAGAAAGAAAAUUCAAAACAAGAACACAAAAGGCCGCUCGCAGAAAAAUUGAACAUGGAAAUUCCUUGUUAUAAAUUAUUCAAAGCUGAAACCAUCGAAGCUAGGCCACGAACGGAUUCUAAAACUCAAGAUUGAAUUCGAAUUCUAACUUCUUUUAAUUACCCAUUAUAAACACGCAACAACAACUUAACCCAACUCAAAUAAGCAUUGCAAACAAAUUUUCAUAUUUUUCACUUGAAUAAAAAUUUGUUUUUGUCAUUUACACGAAGUAUGCAUUUUUUGAGAAAGAAAGUAAAAAAAGAUCAUAAGGCAAGCGAGUUUAAUACUUUGAAAUCGUAUAAAUUUAGUGGAAUCCAUAAUUUAUUAGAGUGACAAGCUUAGGAAAAGAAAAAUAAUAUAUAAAAGAAAAGACUAACAAAAAAAUUGCAAAAGCAUUGAAAAAUUGAAAAAAUUCCGUGUGCGGUUGAAACCCGUAAAAAUGUGCAUGAACUCAAAGGUAGCUGCAUUGCACUCGCUGAAGAAGUAAGCAAACUAGCAACAAUCUGCGGAUAGAAUUUGCGUGUAAAAGUAAGUGAAAGUUGAAGAGGGCGAAAAAGUUUAAUGAUUUUUUGCUACUUUAAACAAAUAAAAUUAUAAAAAGAAAAAAAAUAGAAAAUCAGACACAUUUGCUGAUAAACAGAACAUAAAAAAACCUAAACAUAUUAAAAAAAAAACAAAAAAAUUGCAAAAUUUAUACAAAAACUCGAACCAGAAAAACAGUAUGCAUACAGAAUAAAAACAAAAAAAACUGAAUUAAAAAUAUACAUUUUUAUCAAAAGUAAAAUUAGUAAAAUUCAAAAUUGAAUUGCGAAUAUUUCCAAGUGCACACGAAUAAACACAUAUGUAAAUACGUAUGAGACAGUUGCUAACCAUAUUUUCGUAUGUGUUUAUCCAAAUUAGUUUUUGGUGUGCAAAUUAAGAGAUAAAAUGUCAAAAUCAAGUAAACAAAUUUAAAUAACAAAAAUAUUAUAACCAAAAAGUUAAAUCAAUUAAAUACACACAUACUUACAUAUAUUCAACUUUAGCUGGUGAAAUCAAAGUAAAAUACAAAAAUAAAAAACAUUUGGCAUGCAAAGCUGCGUUUAUUUUAGAAGGUCCCAAAAUAAAACAAAAGAAAAAUGGGUUAAGUUGAACGGAAUAUUUGCUGAUAAAUUAUGAAGCAUACGUACAUACAUUUGCAUAAAGCGUAUAUGUACAUCCAGAUGCAUAUAUAUAAAGAAACAAAGUUCGCCUAACUGAUUUGAAAAGUUUCUGGAAGAAACAAAUUUCAAACAGCAUCACAUGCAUAAAUUU